GUUCGCUCUCACAUCCAGGCGCGCCCUCAUCUUGAUCAGCCGCAUGGUCGCCGCAUGUCAUCUUCGCGGCGGCCAGGCCAUCAUCCCACCUCGUCCUUCUCAUCAUCGGCCAAGGGUCCUUGCCUCGCAAUUUUGACAAUCCUCUCUUCCCACCCGUCUAUCAGCGGCUCAGCCGUAUCCUUGCCCUUGCAAGUCGCGAUACUUGUCCUUGCGAAUUCACUCGCUCAUUCCCAACUUUCCAGGCCCAGAUUCUCUGCUACAAACCGUCCUAGCACGUCCAGUCAUCCAGACGCUCUCUAGCUCCGCUCUUUGGCUCGUAAGAAAAGUUUUGAGCCCGGCUCAAUGUCCUGAAAACCACAGCCCAUUUGUACCGUAGACUUUCCUGCCGUGAUAGUUGUGCGGCCACGCCAUCCACUGACUAAUGGAACUCUGCAUAUGGCAUGCUGUCGGCCCGGCUUGUGGACCGCGCCAUGUCCUGAUCCUAGUACAUGAACCACUUCUGCUUUGCACCAAGCACAUCUUCAUCCGCGUCAGAUGCAACCGACCUGCAGCUUAAAGCACACCCUCGAGAUGGUGCAUAGUAAUGCAGAAAUAUGCCAAGUCGUGGCCAGAACGUCAAUCUUCUUGCAGAGCCGCCGAGAUUCGCCUGCAGAUUUUUGUGAUUACUUCUUUCCGUGCUCUCGCUGGUUGAUUCCUUGUGCUGAGAUGUGCAGAAUGUACCAAAGCGCUGAAAUGCCGAGACUGCAUAGAAGGAACGAAAGGGAAGACUCUUACCACUGUCCUAGCCAUUGUCUUGUGGCAAAGAGCAGAAGCGAACUUCCAGGACUUGUUCUGCAGUAUCUCAACGAACCCUUCAUGAACGCCACACGGAAAGGGUUAAGGUUAGUCCUACCGAUUCCGCACCUUCAUGGAUCUCUUCUGCAAUUCGCAGCUCGCUAGAAUCCCAGACACACCUGAGAUGCUAUUCCUCCCAAUACGGCCAUCAAUUCCCCAACCUACGUCGCUCAAUCACUCGCAUACCCAACCAUUUCAGAAUGAGCACUGCGAGAAAAGUCGUCCGAGCGUCCUGUUGCACAAUCAACCCGUUCGCAAAAUUGCCGUGGAUUUCAAGCUCCGAACUCGCUAUGAAGGUUCCAGGGCGUAUCCCGCGAAAGGUCUUUGUGAGGGACAAAACGCUUGCUUCUUCAGACUAUGCCUGCGAAACGCGUCUCCAGAAGUGAGGGUUUCCCUCCCAAACUCGGUACAUUUUUCUCUCCAAGAAAGAGAUGAGCGAUUUGGGAAGAAUGGACGACCUGGCACGACACAGGAUUAUGCUCGCCUGUACUCCGUGAUCUCUCCACUGAUUUACUAUGCGUAUCGAUAAACAGGUACUACAAAGUAUCGAUCUCUCCAGCCUAAAGCGGAUUUGGUCUGGUAGAAUGGCGUACUCCGCUGCAAGAUAUGAUAACUCGUACAGAUUGUAAACCCAAGUGUAGCAGGUCACCUCACAUUUGGGGGUUCUUGCAUCAAACCCAAAAGGCUCGUUUGUGAUGAUAUUGCAGAAUUCACGUUGUCGUCCCAUCGGGACGCCAUAGGCCCAAGGCUAUACAUGAACUUAGAAAUGUUAGCAUCAUAGGCCAGAGAAUAUUGCUCAUAAAUCGCUGGAUAGGCUUGCGUAUUUCUGGUUUUUUUG